GCUCAAAAGACACGAUAACGUCCAGCAACAGGCUGCUCUUGAAAAUUCAGUUAUGCGGAUUGCUUCCUCCGAUAUUUCCCUGCUUUGGAUAAGGAAGACUCAGAUUCUCCAAAGAAAUGGGGGACUGGUCCAUUCUUGGCCGCUUCCUAACAGAAGUGCAGAACCACUCCACAGUCAUUGGAAAGAUAUGGCUGACGAUGCUGCUCAUCUUCCGCAUCUUGCUAGUGGCCCUGGUGGGGGACGCUGUCUACAGCGAUGAGCAGUCCAAGUUCACCUGCAACACCCUACAGCCCGGGUGCAACAACGUCUGCUAUGACACGUUUGCUCCAGUCUCACACUUGCGCUUUUGGGUCUUUCAGAUCGUUCUCGUCUCCACACCUUCCAUUUUCUACAUCAUCUAUGUCUUGCAAAAAAUCACCAAGAACGAAAACUUAGAGGCCAAGAAGGUAGAAGUGAUACCCAGGUCAUCGUCUUUGCCUGAUGUAGGAGCAGAUAAAGAGGCAGCGCUGGUAGCCGGCGGUCAUUACGACACCACCUAUAACAAUGAGACUUGGAGCUCACAUGAAGACGAGUUUGAGGAGAAGAGUCAGCUGGAAGAGCAAACGAAUGAGGUAGGGAAGGAUCCAACCCAACUCUCCAGUCAAGUACUCCUCAUCUACAUCAUACACGUUCUGCUGCGCUCCAUCAUGGAGAUAAUCUUCCUCAUUGGACAGUAUUACCUGUUUGGAUUUGAAGUCCCCCACCUGUUUCGCUGUGAGACCUACCCCUGUCCAAACAGAACCGACUGCUUUGUGUCUCGAGCGACGGAGAAGACCAUCUUUCUUAACUUCAUGUUCAGCGUCAGUCUCGGCUGCUUCAUCUUGAACAUUGUGGAGCUGCAUUACCUGGGUUGGAUUUACAUAUUCAGAGUGCUGUUCUCUGCAUGCUGUACGUGCUGUGAGCCAGAUAGAGACCAGAUUCAUCAGGUGGAAUUGUAUUCUGACAGCAACCCGCUGUUGCUCGAGCUCAAACACUCUCUAAGUGGAAGAGUUGUCCUGCAGACCACCUCUAUGGUGUCCCUGGACAGGAGUGGAGGCAUGCCAAACCAGGCCAUCUCCUUUGAGACAGACUCUACGCUGGAGUGCACUUCAAAGAGGAAUUCAGACGACAAAGAUCGCACCAAAGCUAGACUGCAUAAUAUUGCCAAAAUAGGAAGAGGAAAAAAAUCUUGGCUUUGAAAUUUUUGUACAUUCUCUUUUUUUCACGCUUGACUGCAGUUGUGUAUCUCAAAAUACUAUUUUUUUUCUCAGAAUGGAUUUGUUUAAGAAAACUAUAGAGUAAUUAUUAAAAAGGUCUGUGACAACUCACCUUCUAUCAGAAAGAACCAGUGACAGAUUCAGUGUAUUUGUUUCUCAACACAAUUCCAGUUAUGUAAGUUUACUUAGCUUUAAGUAAGCAAAAACAUGUAAUGAUUUGGAAAAGAUUCUGAGUUCAUCAAACAUACAUUAGAGGCAAGUAUUUAAAAUGUGGUGUAGCAUUUCAUGAAAUUGUGUCAGUGUAUUUUCUGUAGUUCAUUCAUACUUCCUCUCGAUGCUACGUAACAAUGACUGUAAAGUCUCCUUUGUAAAUGGCCAGGUGAUGUUCAAACACCACCUGAAUAUGAAGUUUGAAGCUUAAAUGUGAACUUCUUGCAUACAGUAAUUGGCCUGUAAAAACUGCA